CAGCCAACUUCUCUUUAAAGCGUGUGACAAGAAAUUGCACUUAAAAAAUUAGCUGCUGAAGAAAACGAAAAAAUAUCCAAACAGAUCAGUCCAGAAACCUCUUCGUCCUCCGCUUCGUCCGCCGCUAAGAGACGCCGCAGCUCCAUGAAAACGUUGGAGGACACCUUCCGCGAAGGAGUCUUGAAGGAUGUAGGCAGUCUCUGCAUGGACGAGCUAUUCUCGGAUAUGUGGUUCAUUGUGGAGGAUCAGCGCCUGCCGGCGCACCGUAUGAUACUAGCAAACCGCAGCCUGUACUUCCGCGCCCUGCUCUACGGAGACAUGACCGAGUCAAAUGAACCAGACGUGCCGCAGGAGGAGCCCCAAGAGGAGCCACUGGAGGAGCCGCUGGAGGUGUCGCUGGAGGAGCCGCUGGAGGAGCCGCUGGAGGAGCCCCAGGAGGAGCCGCUGGAGGGUUCGAUGGAGGAGCCACUGGAGGAGCCGCUGGAGGUGUCGCUGAAGGAGCCGCUGGAGGAGUCGAUGGAGGAACCGCUGAAGAAGCCGAUGGAGGUGCGUCUGGACGUGCCGCUGGAGGCAUUCAAGGUAAUCCUACGCUAUCUUUACUCGGGCAUUCUUGCUGUAUCCGUGGACGUGGAUGCAACCUCCAAAGUGCUUGGUUUGGCAAAUCUGUAUAUCUUGCCAGAAGUCGUAUUGGCCCUAGCCAAACAUCUGCAGAAUAAUCUGUCCAUCAGCAACACGUGCAUGAUCCUGGAUACAGCUUGCAAAUUCAAUCUUGCAGAGCUGUCCAUGAAAUGUCUCAAGUUCAUGGACAAAAAUGCACCCCAAGUUCUGAAACACCAGUCCUUCCAAAUGCUGUCCAAGGAAUCACUGGAAGAAGUGCUGCGACGGGACACAUUGAUUGAACACGAAAUCAAUGUCUUUCAAUCGGUACUCAAAUGGAGUCGCCACAAUCAGGGCGUGGACAUCAAAUCGGUGCUCUCGCUUGUACGUCUCUCUCUCAUUAGUGUCGAAGACCUGGUGCGUGUGGUGCGUCCCUCUGGGAUCGUCGAGUCCGUAAAAAUACUCGACGCCAUCGAGAAACCGAUAAUCACGUCGAUAUUGCCCUAUCGUGCCCACGUGUCUCCAGGAGUGGAUGUGGCCUUCCAUUUAGGUAAAGGUUUUGUUGUCAUCCAAAAUGAGAUCGUUAUUAAGCUGAGCUUCUGGUGCAUAAUCAAUAUCAUCUCUAUCGAAGUUAUUCUAAAGACCAAUGACACGCCCAACUGCACCGUGGAGGUCUCUUGCGACAUGAUCCACUGGGAUGGCGUGGGAAAUAUAGAAUUAUCUACUCCCACACAGCAGGAAAUCCACUUCACCCGCAUGCCUGUUCGCUUCAUUCGGAUCGUCGAUCCAGAGAGUGGCCGCAAAGAUGUUUUAAGUUAUUUGCUGCUCAAGGCCGUUCUAAAUAACACCAUUCCCUAGACGAUCGAUCGACUUGGAAACUGUUUAACAGUAGCGAUGACUGAGUGAGAGUCUGAAGACUUGUUCCUUUUCUUUUUCCUAUGAAUGGAUUAUUUUUAUUUGUACUUGCAUUCAUUAAUUUCUUCUAUUUGAUUAAAUUCGUAUAACCAAUAAAAUAAAUAUUAAAUUUGUCUUGUUCAAUUUCCAAGAAA